GAGAAGGAAGAUAUUAUGCAACAUGGCGAAGAGCAAGGACGAUAUCAAGUACGCGACGGCGCAGGCGAAGUUAUCUGAAGACGAGGCGCUGCGGAUUCGGUACAAGCACGGCACACCGUUGGAAGGCGGCAAGAUAGCUGACUCUCAGCCGGUGGAAUUGUUCUCUGGUGCUCAUAGAGUCGCCGAUGCUAACGCUGAUGAAAGGGAUCCCUCCGGCGGUGGUCAGUCCCAGCUGGAUCGCCCGCGUGGCGGUGUCGCCGGGGAGAAAGGUACCGAUCUUCCUACCGGAGCAGGGUGAUGGUGAAUCGGGAUAACUUUGCCGGCUAGCUGAGUUCUUAGUUUAGCUGUCUUUUCCCUUGUUUGGAGUUUGUUAUCGAAGUAAAUAAGUGUUUGUUUGUGACAAUUACUUGAAUAAAAGAACACUAGAUAUUGGCCCGGCCUGUUGGCCGGAGACAUCGAUGGUGGUUAUUGAAUAAAGUUGUAUAUUUCUUGUAAUUGGUUUAUUUAUGUUGAGCAUACAAUAUGUCGUUAUAUCAAUUUGUAGUAGGAAUAGCGAUGGGCAGGUUUGGGGUGAGUAUUUCGAUGCCCAUACAUGCCCCAUGGCAGGUUGGGUCCAUGCCGAGUAAUUUAUUACGGGGCGCGGGUCGUGGCAGGUCGACCCAAUGGGUAUGUAAUUUAUGUCAAAAAUAUUAGAAAUAUUAGUUAUUCUCAUUAAAAGACCAAGAAAAAAACCAUAAUAUGAUAAAAUCUAGUUAAAUUAUUGAAAAAAUUGAGGUUUUCAAUUAAUUACAACUUUAUUAUAGCUAAAAUAUAAUGUAAUAAGAGGAGAAUCCUAUGUAAUUUAGGCAAGAACGGGUCGAGAAUGGGGCGGGUCAGGGCAGGUCGGGUCGAUGAGAGAUACCCAUGCCCGCCCCGCCCCAAAAACAGGCCACACAGGCCGGGUAAAUCGGGUCAGGUCGAAAUUGUCAUCCCUAAUUUGUAGUAGUUAUUGUCACUGUAUUAGAAAUUUUGACAAAGCUGAUCAUUUAGUGACAUAAAAGCCUCUCUUCUCGUCGGAUUAAUUAGCUAGUGACCGACGCAUUUGAUUGUUUCAUCUAAAGUUUAUUGUGUUGUAUUCUUUUGAUAGGUAACCACAAUAAAAAAAUUACUUGUAGUUAGCCGAAUUAUUUAGGCAAGUACUCAAACUAUUCUUAUGUCGAUUAACUCUUACGUCGAUUUUAAAAGGUUUGACUAUAUUUUGAAAAAAACAACACUAAAAGGUUUGGUUAUUAAAUUGUUUGUAAAAAAAAAAAUUACUAACAAAGUAAGGCAAAACAAAGUAUAACUUAAAUUAAAGUCAAUGAAAAAAACAUGAGAGUUGCUUUUCAAUGAUACAUAUACACUCAAUUUUCACCAUAAAAAAUGUUAUCGUCAGAAGCCUGGACUUAAGAUCUCUAAGUGCGCUAAUGCCUUAAAACAAUUCGUCUUUUUUUUAUCAGUUUAAAAACAAUUUGUCUUUGAUGUCUAUUAAAUUGGGGGGGGGGGGGGGGUACUUGGUCAAUUCCUUAAGUUGUAAGCUCACGAAAUCAAUAUGUCUACAGUUACACUCACCUUGAUGAUAUUAAAGUUCAAACAAUUGAAACUAAAAACAAAAUAUUACCAAGAUGUUAUGAUUCGAUGAUAGUAAAAAUCACAAUGACAAAAAGGACAUAUGUUUUCAAUGAUGCACCAAGAGAAAAGCUUAAUAGGAGAGAACAAAAUUGUCACAAUCCUAAAGGGCCUAAAUUAUCAGGCUAAAAUCCUCGAAUUGUGGACCAUGGUCAAUCUUCUCAUAAACUAUGGUUAUCAAUUUUGCCGUUUCAAAGUUCCCCAUGGUCGAUUUUGAAAGAAAAAGUCGUUCAAUAUGAUCAGUCAUUCUCUUGAGAAGAUUUAUCAUUCAUAGAAAGAUAGAGAGAGAUAGAGAAUUGAAAAUGGCAGAGUCCUUCUCUAAACUCCACCAAUAAGGCCAUGGAAGAAUCAAAAUUGUCAUUCCCAAAUCCUAGACCUAUGAACCUCACUAAUCCUUAACUCUGAAUUAUGCUAUCAUUAGCUUCUGAAACUGAAACUGAAAAGAAAAGGCAUAUCAUCAAGCACCCAUGUCCAAGGCUGGAAGUUUGGUACCGGUAUUUGGGAUAUACCGAAUUUGUCUAUAUUUAGUAUUACCGAAUACACGUAUUAUUUUGUG